GACUCGCGCGUGCGUAGUUCAUUCUUGCUGGGCUCCGGGAGCUGCGCGGGCAGAGGCGAGAUGGGCAAGUGCCGCGGACUCCGCACGGCCCGGAAGCUGCGCAGCCACCGGCGGGACCAGAAGUGGCACGACAAGCAGUACAAGAAGGCCCACCUAGGCACGGCGCUCAAGGCCAACCCCUUCGGGGGAGCCUCGCACGCCAAGGGCAUCGUCCUGGAGAAAGUGGGUGUGGAAGCCAAGCAGCCCAAUUCUGCCAUCAGGAAGUGUGUGAGAGUUCAGCUGAUCAAGAAUGGCAAGAAAAUCACAGCCUUUGUUCCAAAUGAUGGUUGCUUGAACUUUAUUGAGGAAAAUGAUGAGGUGUUAGUGGCUGGCUUUGGUCGAAAGGGCCAUGCUGUUGGUGAUAUUCCUGGAGUCCGCUUCAAAGUUGUAAAAGUAGCCAAUGUUUCUCUUCUGGCUUUGUACAAAGGCAAGAAGGAGAGACCAAGAUCAUAAAGUAAUUCUAACAAUAAAUUUUUUCAUUUAAAGAGUGUCAGAGAA